GGACGGAGCAUGAGCCAGUGACCGUAACAUGAGGACCGGUGGAGAAUGACAUCUUAUCCUGAGGGUUGUUGCAGAAAGCCAGAGAAAAUGAACGGGGCGAUCGGAUACGUGAUCAUUUAUUUAGGGGCCGUGAUUAGUUUCUGUGCGGCAGAGGCUUUGAACAUCUCGGCGGUGGAUGGAGACGGAAGAGAGAACGGGACCGAGGCUGAUGGGGACGGCUCGGUUCCCCUGGUGCUCAGCAAAGUGAGCCAGAUCAUCGCCCGCGAGGGGAACUGUGCUUUAAUUGACUGUAAUAUCACCGGCGACCCUUUUCCAAACAUCCAGUGGUUCAACUCGCACGGACACCUGCUUGACGCUAAGAAAAGUGAUGGUAAAUGGUGGAUUCUGGACAGUGGCAUCCUCAACAUCACCAGCAUCACGUUCGCAGACCGCGGCAAAUAUACAUGCGUGGCCUCCAACGCGUACGGCAAGGCCAACUGCACGGUGACGCUGCGCGUGGUCUUCACAAAUGGAGAUAUGGGUGUGUACUACAUGGUGGUGUGUCUGGUGACGUUUACCAUCAUCAUGAUUCUGAACAUCACUCGCCUUUGCAUGAUGAGCAGCCAUCUGAAGAAAACCGAGAAGGCCAUCAACGACUUCUUCCGCACGGAAGGCGCGGAAAAGCUCCAAAAGGCCUUUGAGAUCGCGAAGCGUAUUCCUAUCAUUACCUCGGCAAAAACGCUGGAGCUGGCGAAGGUCACGCAGUUCAAGACCAUGGAGUUCGCGCGCUACAUCGAGGAGUUGGCGCGUAGCAUACCGCUCCCGCCGCUGAUCAUGAACUGCCGCACCUUCAUGGAGGAGAUUCUCGAGGUCGUCGGCGUGGAGGAAAUGAGACACACUUUUGUCCGGCAAGCACCCGAGAGUCAUGACGGGGCGGCUGUCGGCACUUCCAGCGACGUUUUCACUAUCUUGCGCGAAAGAGAGCGGGCGAGGGAGAGGGAACGCAGCGAUUCUCCUGCCGUGGACUCGGACGACGCGUCGCUUCACGAGCAGCCUCAGCACAUAGCCAUUCAGGUUUCGGUUCAUCCACAGUUAGCUGCAGCAGGAUGCUGUAACAUAGAAGCUCCACCUCUUUCCGAAAUAGUCUCCUCUCCACCCCCAUUGGCUCAGCUGCCUCUGGAGGAGGAGUCUGAGGAGAAGGAAAACAAGGUGGAGUCUGUACAAGGAGGUGGUGCUGCACAAACCCAAGUCAUUUAUGAAAGCCAUGUGUAAUAUCCUCAACGAAGAUUAAUGACCUCGCUAUGCAUUUUCUUGGGGAACGAAAAGGUCAAGAUUUGUUUUUCUUCACUUUAUUUGUGUUUGGGUGAAUCUCUCAAAACUCAACAUUUCUGGGUUGUAUUUUACCUUAAAAUAAAACGAAAACAGAAAUAAUAUUUUGCAUAAAGCAAAUAAAGCCCAUUUUUCAUAGUUUCUGCGUUGCAUUGACAUUUUCGUGACAAUUAACCCUCCAUUUAUAGAAUCUAUUCUAAUUCAUGAAAUGGUAUCAUUACUGUACAAUUAAAUGUUUAUUUUAAGUAUUCAGUAUUCAUUUAGUUAUACUUCAUGGUUUUAUUUGUGACAGCUGAAUUUAAUUUAGGUUGAUUUCAAUUAAAACAGUCUGAACAGAAUUAUUGUUAGUACUGUUUUGCAAAAAUAAUGUAAAUAUAUUUGCAUUAAUGAGAUUGAUUUUUUUUUUAUUUACAUAACAGUAAUGUGAAUUUGGAGGCAAAUUUUGCUUAAAAUGAUAGACACAAUCCACAAAAAUUAUUAAUAGUCCUAAAAAUGGUUAAUUUUCUUGACUUUUUUUUUUAAUGGUCAAAUAUAACCUUGUAAUUUCUUUGUGAGAUUGACCCGUGUAAGUAAUUUUUCUCAUGACAAUGAAUACUCAUGCUGAAUGUAUUUUGGGGUGAUGUUCUCUAUUUAUUUAGAAAAUUCAGGUUUGCCCAUGAUGUUUUUCCCGUAGUUAACAGAAACUAGGUCUACUGAGGGACACCAAGCUCACAUCUCACGUCUUCAUCGGCAGACAGAAAGUAGUUCUGUUGGAUGUAGUUACAGAUUAUUCAUUUCACGAAUGAAUGAGAACGAACGACUGAUUAAUACAUUUGGCUGAAAGUAAAACUCACACCGUUUUAGAGGCUGAAGUGCAUUUUUCAUUCAAUAGAAAUCCAACAUUUUUGAAAAUAUUUCAGUGACGUGCACAGUAAUUCCCAAGACCUCGCUCCCUCUUAUAAUGCAUGAAGAAUGCAUGUCGAUCUGUUUUCAAUGCUGCACUCGGAGACAACUUUUGUUUGUGCGAUCUUGUCUGCUAUGUGUUAUUUAUCAUUUGUGUCACGUAAACACGGCAUUGAUACUUUGAAUAACAUUGUAGAAAUUUCAGUUUGAGAUUGAGGCUUUUUUUUUUCUUUUCGUUGUUUCCACUGGAGUCUUUAUACUGUUACUGUAAUGAUGGUAUUAUUACUUUACUAGUAGUACUACAGUAAGUAUUAGUUUUGAGUUCAAAUGCACAGCUAGGUUUUUCUUUCUUUGUUUUUUUGGAGGAUCCAACAGAGAGCUCUUUAUAACGGAGCCCCAAUUAAAAUGUUUGAUCUCUUCUGAUGUCCUAGAAACACAGUUUUGCUUCUUAAAAAGGCUCACCUUUUAGUUUCAGUGCUAACGAGUUAGAAUUCUUCAAUGUUGAUCUUGCUUUUUUGGGGCUGUAAAUCCAGAGUAACCUCUCAGCACUGCUGAUAGCUAGCUAAACGGGUUAAGCACUAGUCAUUAUAAAUGUUCCUAGUCAGGAUUGUCAGAGGAAGCGAUGGCUAAGUAGUGAAAUAAAGCUGCUGUGUACCCAUGA